AUGCCUCGGUUGCCGCCAGUUCUGUACUUCCGGGUGCCAGCGUACCGUCACUCAAGCGACUUGCUUCAUCUCGCCGACAUGGCACUGCACAGCCAUACGACGGUUUCAAGAGACGAGGCCUUCGCCGUGUUCAGACUCAUGUCCUGCGCCGAAAACGAUGGCACUGUGACGGGCUAUACAGAUUGGGGUUACCCGUGUUUGCUUAGGAGGGCUUUCGACGUUAGUCGAUCCGGCAUAGGAUAUGACGCGGCACGGCAAGUCACGAGCGACUCAAACCCUUCAUGGGCACCGGACUGGAUGGAUACACCGUUCCUGCGGCGGUGGCUGGUGCUUGCAGAGAUGCAUCGCGAGUCAACGCUUGGUAUGUACCCUGCCGGCCUCCCAGUGAACGUCAGCCUGGUCGCUGGAUUCUUGAGAUUUCGCGUAUUCAGAUUGGGAAUGCUCAGCGGCAUAAUCGACGAGCACACUGGGUAUAAAGCAACCAUCAUCAUGCCCCCAGCCAGGUCAGGCAGUGACCGUACCGGCGUUGGAUGCUAG